AAAUGUAAGAUUUCUUUACAUCCUCUGCGUACGUUAAUUGUUCGCACCUGAAGCCCUAGACUCUCUCACGCUUCUACUGUCGUCCCCCAAACAACAUGUCCUCCUCCAAGCGCGUCGACCAAAUCGCAGGCCACCUCAACUUCCCUAAGGGAAUGUUGGCAGGUCAAACUGCGAUUAUUACAGGCUCAGGGCAAGGAAUUGGGGCUGAAGCCGCGCGAUUGUUUGCGAAUGAGGGAGCGAAGGUUGUAGUUGCGGAUGUCGAUGCGAAGAAGGCACAGUCUGUAGUGGAUUCAAUCAACAGUUCCGGCGGCAGUGCUAUAGCGGUUGUAGGGGAUGUCCUCGACGACGAAUACAUCAAGACGCUCAUCGCGAAGGCCGCGGAAUUUGGCGGCGGCAAGAUUCAUAUCAUCGUCAAUAAUGCCGGUUAUACAUGGGACGGAGUCAUCCACAAGAUGACAGACAAGCAAUGGCAUACCAUCGUUGAUCUCCACGGCACUGCCCCGUUCAAGAUCAUCCGCGCUGCAGCACCAUACUUCAGGGUCAAGGAUGGCGAGCCCAGGAACAUCAUCAACAUAUCGAGUACCUCUGGGGUGCAUGGAAACGCAGGGCAGAUCAACUACGCGCUUGCUAAGGCGGGAGUUACGGGCAUGACCAAGACGAUUGCGAAAGAAUGGGGUCCCCAAUUCGGCGUCCGCUGCAAUACUGUUGCUUUCGGCCACAUCCUAACGCGGUUGACGGCGGCAAAAGAAAUUGGCGCUUUUGUUACCACUGCGGACGGGGAGAAGGUUGCGCUCGGGAUACCACAGGCUCAGAAGUCGGCGGUUCCGAAGGGUAUGGAGAACAUUGAUAUCCCAUUGAGGAGAGCGGGUACGGCGACGGAGGCAGCGAGCGCGGUUCUGGCUGUUGCGAGCCCGCUGUUUAGCUAUGUUAAUGGAGAGACGAUCAAGGUGACGGGUGGACGGAAUAUGUAGAUAUGUUGAAUGGAAGAGCAAAGACGCUGCUCCAAGGCUCGACCGAGGUUUGUGAGGCAAUUCGUGUCAGAUUCUUGAUGGCGUUACAAAGGAGAGGUU